GUUUUUCAUGUGUCCCAAAGUAAUGUCUAAAUGUAGUCAAUGCUCAAUUUAUGCAGACUAUUUCAGCAGUUGCAUGGUCAAAGAUGACAAUUUUGUGGCUGUAAAAUAUUUCUUAUUUUAAGUCGGUUUUUGUAUAAUGUUCAUAGAAUAUUUUCUGCUCUGUUUUUGAUCUAAACUGCCUUGAGGAAUCACAGUUUAGUUAAAUCAUGAUUUUUGGACAUCUACAGUCACAAGACCCUCAGUCAUUUGACUUUCCAUCCUUUCUCCUGCGUGUCUUUCAUUAACAUAUAAUCUCUAAUCAAAUCCGUGCUGCUGCUCUACUCUUGCCAGCAAAGGCAUCAGAUUGUAACCUUAAAGGAAUAGUUCAUCCAAAAUUUAAAAAAAAAAUUGAUGUUUAUCUGCAUACUCCCAGGGCAUCCAAGAUGUAGGUGACUUUGUUUCUUCAGUAGAACACAAACUGAGAUUUUUAACUCUAACUGUAGCAGUCUGUCAGUCAUAUAAUGGAUUUUUUUUUUUUUACCUCUGAUUCACCACAAUGUCCAGACUGUCCUGAGCACGUUCACUUUGUCUUCUUGCAUUAUGGCGAAUCACAGACAAGUGCUUUACCGCCACCUAUCUCUCAAAUGGACCAUUGACACUAUCUACAAUCUUAAUUAGGAGUGUCAAUGGUCCUCUUGAGAGAUAAGUGGCAGUUCGAACAUUGCGUUGAAUCAGAACUAUAUAAAUACUGUUCAGUUUCUUGCACAGACCAAUCGUUUCGUGUCUUAUCACAUCAAUGUAUCGUCAUGAGCCGCAGGGUUUAAUUUGGUUUUGUUUGUGUAUGUUUUUUUUGACUCUCAAAGCCGUGAUUCCCAUCCACUUACAUUAUAUAACUGACAAAUUGCAACGGUUGGAGUUAAAAAAAAAUCUUUCUUUGUGUUCUACUGAAGAAACAAAGUCAGCUACAUCUCGAAUGCCCCGGGGGUAAGCAGAUAAACAUCACAUUUUCAUUUUUGGGUGAACUAUCCCUUUGAGAUUAUAAAAUCCUUGUCACCUGGUUAGAGGGAACACAGCUUUUUUUUAGAUCACUAUUAUGAGAUUGAAACUCGUUUCUGCCUGCAUGGUUAUAUAAAAUGGGGAGUAAUAGGGCGUUAAGACCUCUGCCAAAGUUUGACAUCAACAAACUCCGCUUAAGCCUGAAUUCAAUUAUGUUUCUAGGUGGAGACACAUUUUUAAUGUUUAAAGGGGCGGGGGUUAGAGGAAAGAUGAUAAUCUACUGCUUGCAUCUGAUUUGAGGGUCAGAUAAUGUACAAACUGGACCCUUCUGAAUUGUAAAAUAAUUGUGCCGAUUAAUAAUUGGAGACCAAGAAACAUGUCUCAAGUUUUUAGAUGCAUUCUCUUCCUUUGUGUUCUCCCAUCUGUGGUUCCUCUGUUCUGUUAUACAUGUGUAUUUCCUUCUGUCUCACCACUGGACUGUCUCAAGUUCCCAACCAGGUGUCCACCGGGUCAGCUCUGUCUUUCUAGCAAAGCUGUGGGACAGAGUGCGGACUUUAAGGUGGUCUUGUAUGAAAAGAGCUGUGUUCUUCCUGCCCUGUGUGGACUAACAGGAGAGAAGUUUGCCAUGGGUUUAAACUUCACUUUCACCAAUGACUGCUGUGAUACUCUGCUCUGCAAUGGUGUCUCAAGCAGUUCUGCUUUCAUCUUGUCCAGCACCCUGCUCUCACUUCUUCUGACACUGUUUUAUUUACAGUAAGCUUAAUUAACUACAACAAGAGAGCAGUCAAAAUAUAACACACACACACACUUAUUUACCUAGCAUAAUUAUAAUAAUUUCUAUGUAAAUGAAUAUAUUCUUAUUUUUUCUUUGUCUUUAUAACAGUUCUAACAAGAAGAGUUUAAUGUUUUUAAUCAGCAUUUCUUCAUACAUACAAAUGUCACACAUGGAUACGUUUAUAUUAAAAU